AUGGCGGCCUUAAAGCAUAACUUACAGAAGGAGUUGUUCAACCCAACUGAGGAGCGACUCUAUGCGGUUGUAAGCGUAACUAAAGCGGGGAAAAAGAAGAAAGCAAGUUUCCUCUGUUUAGCUGGUAUGAAUUUAUCUCGAGACCCUUUUUCUAAUGCUGAAGAUCUUUCCGCAAAUAUUAGGCUUAUCCUCCAAGAACUUGCCGUACACCCAGUGUCUUUCACUGUGGAGUUGAUAUAGGCUUUAUGCUCAUCACCUUUGAUGAAAAUUGUCUCUAUGAUUUUGCAAAUUAAGUACAGUCGCUCCUUAUAUUAUAAAUCUCACACGAUACUGAAGAAGAUACUCUCAGAACUGCAGAUGCCGAGGAGGAAAUGAAAUUCAUUGCUCCAACACUUGAAUUAGAUUAGGCAUAAUUUGUGAAUGCUUUGUUGAUCUAUUUGAGGAAAAUCCCAAUUUUCUCGAGCCAGUUAGUGUGAUUAUUAGAGGAGGUAAAUACGUUUCAUUUGAUUCCCUAGGGUUUGAAGUCCAUGUCUAGCAUACUAUGAUACGCAAAGUAAUGUUGAAGGGCUGGGCUAACUGACCCAAAUCAUGCCUUGGUUCAAUCCAGCCUUUCCUUAAAAUCGCAAUGAAGAUAAUAAGGAUUGUAAUUAUUUUACCUAUUCCUACUAAUUUGGACGUUAAUGUUAUAAUUUAAAGUGAACGUUAAAAUGCACUUUAUUUCUUACCGUCCAUUAUUUUGAAAAUGUGUCUGUAUAUGUGUCAACAUUGUUCAUCCAGUGACAACAGUGAGACCUGAAACUGUGUCGCUUUACCAAGUGAAGAAGACAGAGAAAGAUACAUACAAGAAGAGAAUGCACUGGAGACUGAGAGACUUAAAACUGGUUGAUGGUAGAGAUGAAACUAAUGUAAGUACAAGGAGCUAACCCUUCAACUGCCACAUUAUGUUUAAUGUAUGGAACAUUAAUUUCAUUUCAUAUUUUUUACUUGAUCAACAUAUCUUUUGUCUGUUGGAUACCUGUAAAUAACAGAUAAUUGGAUUGAUAUUGAUAAUUGAGAGUGCAAGGUAUGCUAGUGCUUCACCCUGUCAAUGUUUUCUUGUAAAGAAACUUCGAAUUUUUUCCACACAAUUUUACUUAAAAUGUAGUUCAUUCUAAAUUCAUGGAAAUAAUUUUAUAUUUACUUUCAUCCUCAUGUUCAGGAAACCCCUGAAUUUCACCUUCUAUUUGAGAAGACCUACAAGUGGGUAGCAAGCAGUAUUCAAGACAAAACCAAUUUUAUAACUGCAAUAAUGAAGGUGAAGAUUGUAAAUUAAAUUUAAGUUGCAGUUACUGUAAUAAUUAUGUCUUUAUUCUUUGAUUGUCACAGCCAGAAGAAUAUUUUGUCACUAUCGCAUCAAUGAUAUAGUAAGAUGGUUUGUAUCCUGAGUGAUGAAUUAUAGUUUCCUUUCAUAGUUGAUUUUUUCUCAAGUUAUUAAGACUUACCACUUGCUACUACCCAAACAUCAGUAUGCAAGUUCUCCAUACUGUUCACCAUAAAUUUCCCAUGCUACUCAUAAUGACAAUUUACAUAACAAUAGUGAAAGAUAUUUUUCAUCUUGUCACAAGCGUGGGAUGAAGAAAAAAUUUUGAGUCACCAUGAGGAAUCUAACCUCUGACCUUCAGAUUCCACAGGGAUUAUGAGACAGUUAGAUGGUGCUAAAAGUUAGACAGUGACAGGCAGAACGUUUUGCUUUCAAUCAUUUAUCACCUUUCCAUUGGCAUCUUCACUGAAUCAAGACUGAAGUAGCUAGGGGAUCAGUGUUUAAUUGCCACAUUUUUUUUUGGAUCCAUGGCUCGUGUAUAUCCCAGGCCUCAGUUGUUCAAAGACUAGAUAGAGCUAUCCAAGGGAUAAAUUUCUUUCCAAUGGAUAAAUGUUAACAAAACGUACUGUGCUAUUCACCACAGAGAUUUAUCAAGUGGAUAACAUUACCAACCCUUUGAACUACCAGAGCCAUGGAUAUACAACUAAUGUAGAAUGAGAUGUUUUGUGUACUUUUUGACCUUUUUCUACAUUUGGUAUUGAUCAUUUGUCACAAGGAUGCUUGUUGAGUAUAUUGAUAAAAAUCAGUUUUUAAAUGAUUACAUUUAAUUUACAGGUGGCCGACAGAUAUGGGAAACAGAGGAAACCAAGCUUUACCAAUGUCAGUGCUAUUGAAGGUAAAUUAAACUACCUGUAACAAAAUCUAAUUGUUAGUUUUUCUAUGUUAAUGAUAAAGAAUGAUAUCUUAAUUUUAAAAGAAUUGAUUCUUUGUUGUGAUAUUUUAAUUUAAAUCCGUGAUGUGAAAGUGUAACAGGGUAAUUUAGUGUUAUAAAUUGAGCUGGUAACAUGAAUUAAAGUAUUUCUCAGCUCAGUGGUUAUUUCAGAAACUAUGGUACAAGUGUUGAUAUAAGCAUUUUGAUGAUGCUUUUUUCAGUGCUCCUUUUGCAUUGCAAAAUUAGUUGUAGCUGGUGUUAUAUUUUUCUUUAUUAAUCAUGUUAUCAUGUUUCCCCAAUGUCUGUUGGUAGAUCUCUUGAACUAACAUUGUGAUAAUUGUUGACAUUUCCAUUAUUAUGUAAACUGUGCAAUGAGCAAGUCAUUGGUGAAUUAAAAUACAUGACUUGUACCAUUGACUCUUGAUAACUCGGAUCUUCAGGGGAAGUUGAAAAAGGUUGAGCUAUUAGGAGUUCAAUUUAUGGGUAGUUGAAGAUACAGGCACUGUAAUUUAAACUGAAUAAACCUGGAGUGGACUGACAUGUUUUGAGAAAUGCAAAACAGGAUGAAGAUUACAUGGCUGCUUUAAAAUAAAUUACAGUAAAUGUUUUGGAUUUAGGCACACUGUUUGUUUUGAUUUGUCACAUAUUAAAAGAUGUGGUUAGAAGUGGUUCAAGUUAUUGAGAGUGAGAAUAUUAAAAAGAAUGACAGGAAGGGAAAUGAAAAUUGCUUCAAGUUAGCAGGAAGUUUGAGUUAUCGAGGGUUUGAGUUACAAAGGGUAAAACUGUAGUGUACCAGUAAAUGUAUGAUGGAAAUCUAGGGCAAAUCUAUGUUGGUUCAAGUUUGUGUGAGGUUCAAAUUAGGAAGGUUUGAGUUAUUGGGAGUCAACUGUAUGUAUUUUUGUUUCAUUUUAGGCUCUAUCCAUGGGGCUGAGAGUAGCAGAGUUCAACAGCACACAGAAGAGGGAGCUGAAGGUUGGUAGUUUUAUGAAAAGAAGUGCUUUUACAUUUGCAGUUAUGCUCACAAGACUUUUCCAUCCAGCUAGACAUUAUGGGACAUUAUCAUAUCUGCAAAGUAAUAUGUGUGUCACAGUGUAAUAUGGCUUGUGGAUACAUGUGGACAAAAAGAUAAAAGACAGAAGGAAAACUUGUUGAUGGAGGGUCUUUUUGCUGUAACCAGUGAAUCCAGAAUGGUUUGUCUACUUAACUGGCAGAUGAGUUAACAUUGUAACAUAAAGUACAAAUCUUAAAAUACUAUAGUUGUUUCACAUGCAUUACAAAUUUAUUAGGUGAAGAUUACCAAGAACUGACACAGCGAGAGGAGAGUGACUUGGAGUACAUGAUAUUACAAACUGAGAGUGCCAUCAGCAACAUUGAAGCGUUCACUGAAAAACUCUCCAAGGAAUUGUCUGUUUUGGAUGGGGUAAAGUCUACCAUUAAAUCUCUAUUAAUUGAUUAUUUGUCAGGUGAAUAGUUACUUUUCCAACAUAUUUACUUUUCCAACAUAUUUACUUUCUUUCACUUUGCAGGCCAAUAUUCAUUCCAUCAUGGAUGCUGAGCCUCAAGUGGAAUCACUGAUGCAGCUGUUGAAUGAUGCGUUAAAAGAGCUCGAAAACCUUGAUAAACGACUUACUGGAUAUGAUUCGCGUCUUAAGGUAAAUAGUCUGAUUCCGUCUUAUUCCGUUGAGAUCCUUCUGCUUUCAAAAUGUUACUUUUAAUGAAGUGCAGACCCGUAUAAUUUCGUACGGUUACGUCCAAUUUCGGGCGAUUACGUUUUAUUGCGCACGGAUCCUUCCGACUUCAAAUGAUUCCUUUCGAUUUCGGAUGGCGCCAACCAACAUUCGACAAUUCCGUUAGAUUUCGAAUAAUCUGUCCGAUUUUAUCUGGUUCCGCUUCUUAUUUUGAACCUUGUCUUCAAGCCUUAAACUAAGUAUCUUGAAUGGUUGGCCUGAUUCUGUUUUUAUUGUGAUGUAUUUGAUAACUUAGGAAGUGCGAGCUCAGAUGGAGCAAAUGGAGGAUAAGGAUAAACACAUGGUUACAGAGAGCAGGAAUCGUAAAAAGCUUUUGGAGGAGGUGGAAUUAGUAGUGGUCAGUUUUCUCAGUGUUAUCCCUUUCACUCCCUUAAGUGAUCAAGACAGAAUUUCUCCUUACAAUAUCAAAACAAUAUCAAGCAGACAAAUGAUGAGAAUAUAGAAAAAUAUCAGUUAGGUGAUUAUAAGUUGAUCCAAUACCAAAUUCUCCAAACUAACGUCACAAGAAUUGUAUAGCAGACAGUAAGGAGAAUUACUAAUGAGAUCUUGAGAGUUAAGGGUUAUUCAAGUUUUUCACUUUUCAGAGCAAGCACUAAAUGGUAUACUCUUCAACUGUUAUGAUGACAUAGAAUUAAAUUAGAAAACUCAACAGCGGACAAAAGUAGUCAACACCAACUGGCUGAUAAACGAGAAGGCAGACAGACAGGCUGAAGGACUAUCAGACUGUAUGAAAUGAUUGACGGACAGCCUGAUGGAAGAACUGGAUGGCUCUCUGACUGUUUAAAGCACUGGGUGACUUACUGGUUGACGGACUGACCGGCUAAGCGAGAGGCUGACUGUGACUGAUGGGUUGGAUGCCUGACUGUCUAAAGCACUGGCUGACUUACUGACUUAUGGACGGACUGACCGGCGGAGCGAGAGGCUGACCGUCUGACUUACGGGCUGGCUGGCUGACUGUCUAAAAUACUGACUGACUUACUGACUGGUUGACGGACUUGACCGAAAGAACUAGCAGCUUGCAGACCAAUUGACGGGCUGGCUGACUGACUUCUGGCCGAUCGACUGACUGAAAGAGUGGAAAAACAGAGACAGCCAUGGAUAAAGAAAUUUACAAACAGAAUUUUACAGAAAAGGACAUAUCAGUUCAAAUCAAGGAAACGAUUGUUAAAAGACGUACAGGAAGGUCAUGUAAACAGGUGUAUGAUUAAUCUUCACAAUCCAUUUUGACUACAUACUAUUUAAAAACAUCGUUUCAGAAUUCACUGGAUGUCCCUGAGUGUAACAUCGUAGCUUUACAAGAAGCUGACCUUUCCAAAGGGCUGGGACUGAAAGAGUGCACUCACGCCGCGUUUUCCGUGCUUUAUGCUCUGCAAGCAGAUCUCAGUCCAGGUAGUAAGAGCUAGUUUAAGGUAAUCCAAAGUUGGAUAAGUUUUGCUGUACUUCACUCUGCCUCCUUCUCAACCAAUCAGCUGCUAAGCUUAAACAAAUUGCCCCAAGGUCUCAUGUGUUUUCCCGCGCUUCAGGCAAUUUACCAUUUUCUUAAUUCGAGUUCUCAUUGGUUCGUUCUGAGGUAAACUUUGGGACUUAUUGGCCGUUGAAAUGUCUUAAAGUUUGUUUUACGGCACUUACUCGACUGAAAGCGCUCCAUAUUGAAAAGGGAUUAAAUGUCAAGUCGGUUUCUGGGAAAGGUUUUGAAUGCUUUUUCUUUUCAUCUACAACUUGCAAGGAUGUUUAACUCGAAACAUGUGUCCAGUACCUCUGUCAAUGACCACGGCAAAUAUCUUCCGCUUCCAGGUUUUUGUAGCUCUAACAGUACUUUUUAUAAAAGCUGUAUUUACUUUCCGUUUUCAUUGAUGUUGUUUAUUAACUUCAAUUUAUCUCCAUUGUAAUAAUUUUGGACAUUUUAUUUCACCACACUUUCUUGAUUGGAAAGCGCCCAAUAUUUAUGGUCUUGAGGUUUUGGGUGUUUCAAUUUAAGGUUUAACUGACAUGAGAGCUGUCAAGGAACAGAGAGAAAAGUUUUGGCAGCUGAGCAGCGAUUUUGCUCAACGUCUGAAGUUUCACCUCAUGGAAAUCUUCACGCGCCACGUAAGUUCUGCCUGCGUACUACGGUCAGCUGUAGUCUUGUCAGUAGCAUAGGGCGGCCGCAUAGUCGGUCACCUAUGAGAGAGACGUAUUUGUACCACGUAUUCGGUGAAAGCAAAGGAUUUUCCAUCUAUGGAUGUUAAAAUGACGACUUGAUUUGUAACGCAUUUUUGCAAUUUUACGCAUUGGAGUCACGCAUUAUAAAUCUUCCUUCAGUGUCACGCAGAGAGAGAUCGAGUGUUCCGCCGCAGUAACACACUAUUUUAUUUUCGUAACCUUAACAUUUUCAAAAAGUUUCUUUCUGUCACGUUGUUUCUCAUUAGAGCUUAGACGUAGAGACUCUGGUUCAACAUUCUAGUGAGCUGUGUAUCCCUAAACAUCUGGCUUGUCAUAAUGACUUGGCGCCAUUCUCUGAUUUAAUGAAGUGGCUGAAAGAGGUUGAUCAGACUGUGUUUCUUGAGCUCUGUCAGGUAUGUGACAUUUCCACUCCUUCCACUUUAAGGAAAUAUUUAAAAUUGAUGGCAAACUUGACUCAUAAAUAUAAUUUUCUACCUUGUCAGGCGUAUACACAAUCUCUGAGCAGAGUCUACGAGAGGGAGCUAAGAGACUUCUUUGAGGCUGUGAAACAAAAGACUAUGACAAAAGGCGUCCGAAGUAAGUGGUGAUUUGAUUUAUAAUCCCAACAGUCGUCACGUGAUGUUUGUGUUUUCGGAGUAGGAAACGGGGGAGAGGGGGGUGGAGGGAGUGUACUGGAAGAAACCUUGAGUGAAUUAGUUGGAGUCUUGGAGAGGGCGAGUUUGAAAAUGAACUUCAUUCAAGUCCGCAAUGUUCAUUGCAAUUUUAUACGGCUUGACAUUAAAGGAGGUAUGUUGCGGCCUUGUGGACCAUUUAAACACGUCAAAACAUUUUUUGUUGACAAAAUGUAGGCUAGGGGUUUUAAAAUUUUGAAGUAGGGGUCGGACUCGGCAAAAGAAGGUGACUGUGAAAUGAUUUUGACCAGAGUAACCAAUGACAUGUUGUCAAGUAGCCGGCGGAACUCCGGCAAUCUCCGGCUCGUUUUGAAAUCCCUGGUAAGCUCAAGAAUAUUAGUUUUUGGGUGCGAAAUGAUGCCAGAGGAGAAAAAUAGAGGAGUAGACCCAAAAGGAGAGGAAGUAUUUUUUGGUUCCCUCCAUUUUGGGGAAAGGAAAUGGUCGCAGCCUGCCCGUGAUACAAUUCUAAGGAUGUUUGUACGGAGAGUUGGUGUUGGAUCAAUUAAUAAUCCCCUAGCUGAUCUUUUUCGUUACUCGCAUCACUUGUCUGCUUGAUGCUACAUUGAUAAUGUAAGGAGAAAUUCUGUCUUGGUCACUCAUGAGAGUUAAAGGGUUAAGUUGCCAAUACAUGUCGAUAUUUUCUGCUCUGUGUGAUUUGAAGCAGGAGUUAAUAGGGCUUCCUUUCUCUAUACAGCUUACGCUGCCUUUAAGAUGACAGGGACUUCGACGGGUGCGAAUGACCCGAAAAUGAGCCCCCGCCCAAGUCCUCGCGUUAUCAAGACGGGCUCUUUCAGAAAAACUGAAAAAGCAACCGACAGGAAAGACACUGACUCCAUUGGCUCGAUGGGCUCAGAUACUAGGUCAAGAUCAGGCUCCAUGAGCUCGGUGGAUUCCUCUGAUCAGUUGCUGGAGGGCAGAGGAAAGUUUGAAAGGGUAUGUUGAAAACUUUUGCGGAGACAGCUUGGGUAUAAGCUUACCCACCGGUCUCGAUGAGCUGGAGCAGUUUAUCCAACGAACUUUGUAUUCUGUUCAUAUGAAAAAUUUGAUCCUGGUCACUGAGCUGUGAUUGGAGCCCGAGUACUGUUCAGUUAAGAACUUUCAGCUUCGUGACCGAGUUGAACAAAGCGCGAUCUUACCACUGAGUGUGGUCCCCCGUGACCGGAUUGAGCUGUUCAUACAGUCAUGGCUCCAGAUAGCUCAACAAUCUAGCUAACCUGCCUUUACAUAUAUCAUGUAUAGAAGUCACUAAAUAGUUUUGAGGUGAAAUCUGACCGUAUAGCCAAGCUAGCGCAGCGUGAAGUUUACCAUUUUUUUUGCACGUGUCAUGAAAAUCAAUGUAAAAUUUUCAAGCUUGUUGCUUGAAAUCCCUUUAGCUUUCUGUUAUUUUCACUCCUUUUUGUUCGUUUUAUCAGUCUUUUCCUUUGUCUUCCUAGCCAGUUAUUAUGCUGACUGUUGAUUUAAAAUAGCCUAAAUACUGCAGAAAUACAAGAAGAAAAGGAAGACUUCCAAAUCGCUUCCGUCUAUUAACCUACAUACAAUUUCUUUGAUUGUAAAAUCAGGUAUUUGAUGUUCUGUUAUUGGAGCUGGAACCAGUAUGCACAGCCGAACAGGAAUUUGUACAAAAGUUCUUCGAUUUUUCUUUGGAGGAGUCAGAGGUUUGUAUGAUAAUGAUCAGUAUUUUCUAUUGUAGAGAAGUAUUCUAUACAUUUUAUCACGGUACAGUUUCACUUUCACUUAAAACUGUGCUUUGUCAGUACCUGUUGAUUUUCCUUUGACUUUGCAUUAUUACCAUAGAUAAUUUGAGAAGACUUUGUGUGUAAAAAGCCUCUUCGCUUAACCAAAGUAUAAAAGCAUUUAUGGAGAGAGUUUGGCGACGAGAAAAGAAAAGCCGAACGAACCAAGGCGAAACGCGAAAGAAAAUAUUUGUUUGUUUGUUUUUCUUUAUUCCCUUCGGGAAGGCUAUCAGCAUCCUUACCAUAAUAUAUGUAUUAGACCAGACGCUUAUAACCCUCUAGGUCAUGAGCUUCUGAUUAGACUCAGUGAUCGUGGUUUUCUUACAGACAAAUCAUAUGGUACCAGUUUGUGCUUAUUUUCUUUUCUCUUUUCUUUAGCCUUCAGAGACACCAAGCACCUUAAAUAUUGACUCUUCUGAUGGUGCGAUGUUUAGCAAGGCACCGCCAAUUAAAUCCAUAGACACUACGUAAGUAUGACACGGAACUUGCGCCGUUUAGUAUUUUGCUUCGUUUCUAACUGAAUGCCGGAAACAGGGUAGGACAAAAAAUAAAUGUUUGAAUACCAACACCCGUAGUUUAACUUCUCAAUUAUUUAAAACUAUUCCUCCUUGACUGUUUUAUUGCUCGAAUCAUGGCAAAAGAUAAGAAUUGCGAUGUUACUUUAUUUAUAGGGAUGUAAAAGAGCGAACACCGCUGAACGAGGAAGUCAGGUAACCGUUGUGUAGUUUUACAUAGAAUGUCACGCUGGGUUUAUGGAGACCAGGCACAAACCCUUCCACGUAUUGUUACAUGCAUGGUGUAAUUAUUGUGAAGACUGAUAAAAUACCAUUGAACAUUGCACGAGAUAAGUUGCUAAAGAAUGACGCAAGAAUGCCGGCAAAUAAUUAAGGGGAUGUUUGUUUUCAGUCCUUGGUUUUUCAAUUUUAAGCUCCUCUCCAGGCCACUCACGGCUUAGCUCUCUCCUCAUCAUAUGACUCUAUUUUUCCGUUCUCUUUUUUUUACUUUCAUUUAUUUAUAGACGAUGAUUUGUAAAUAUUAAACAGUCUCCCCGUCUAUUUUCAGUAAUCCCAUCCCUUCCACAUUAAAAAGGGUAACUGGAGGGAAAGAAAUUUGUUAGUAAUAGACAUUUAUCGUUUGGUAGCGUUCCUCCAGUAAGUAUCACUUUUGAUGGGUAAAACUUCAUUUUGUCUUUGAAUAAUCGUCAAAGCAGAUGUCUUCGAUGAAGCAAAGGACCGCAUGUGUAAACAGUUUGUUCCUUCAGUUGUGGUUAUCUCCUUCCUCCCGAUAAAAAAAAUUAGGAAAACUAUGAUCUAGUUUAAUGUGUCAUAUGACUGUUACUUCUCCAGAAAAAGAAAACAGCGGAUCAAUAAAAACCGAGAAGAUAUGAAGUAUGUUGAGUCCUAACACAGCUGCACUCUGCCUAGGUUUAAAGUAUAAUCGUAAAAUCGCUGUAGAGGUUUGCUUCAAUAAAUUUAAGCAUAAAAUAUAAAUUAAGAAUUUGAAGUCUAGGAAUCUAAACUUUUUAUCGUUAAAAGCACAUUGUUUGGUUUAAAUCGUAAGCUUAAGGCUACAGUAAGGUUUCUGUAAAUGGGGUUAAAAGUAAAUGGAUAAAUACUCGUAACUUGCACCACAAAGUAAGAGCACGGUAAGUUAUUUUUAAAGUAAACUGCACAUUUCCACGUUUGCACUGUUAUGCACUUUAAUGUUGAUGUUCUUUAUGAGCUCUUUCACAGUUUCAUCUAAUGUCAACUCAGACUGAAAAGAAAGCAUCAGAACCACAACGUGGACAACCAAAUAUUUAGACCUUUCAGUGGAAAUGUCCUAAUAUGGCAAUGCACAAAAACUGAAACGGUGAAGUGUGGUACCCUUGGUGUUUUGAAAAUAUAUCUUCCCAGAACACCUUGCGCUCUGAACUGUUUGUGAACUUAAAUGAUCUCGGCUUUGGCUUCCGUUGGAAUUGUAAAGUCUUGGUUUUCCUCGCAUUUGAAUAUACUUCGCUCUUUUUCGAGAAAAGGCAAAACGGUUGAUUAGACAUGUGAAAGAGCUCCGCAAAAUUGUUUGCUCGGUGUCUUUCUAAAUGAUGCAUCCUUCGCGUAUUUUUCAGGAAAAUCAUGCAAGGAUUGUUCAACGUCUUGGAAGCCGAGUUACAAAGUUACAUCCACUUUGCAGAUAGACUUGAUCCUUUGUAAGUGUACAGAGAAAAAACGGAUUUUUGUCCAUAUUUUAUUUAAACCAAUAGAUAACUUCCAAAAGCAAAAUUUUGUAUAGAUACAUCAAGAAACGUAAUGGAAACUCCGGCAAUCUCGUCCGAAGGAUGAGGUCCGACCGCCGUGACCGCCAACCAAAUAUUUGCCCCUCCCCCACACCCCUUCGUCCCCCCCUCCCCUCCACCCCUCAAUUGAUAAAUACAUAUUAUCACCAUUGUUCAUUUUCGUUGUGUUUUAGUAACACCAUGUAUAUGUUGGUCAAGAUUGGUCAUUUUGUGAUCACCACCCAGUUGUCUGGCUCACCUGUGUCCUACCUCAGCCAGCAGCUUGGAAACUGCCUUAUCUCUGUGAAGAGGCUCUUUGACAAGUUUAUAGUAAGUGAACGCUUUAAAAUUGUUUGGUGAUGUUUUUUUUAAAGAGGUGAGAAACUGCAUUACCAAUGCUAUAGCAAUUUAUAUUCAUUAUAAUUCCCUUAAAGUCGAACCUAAAGAAACAAAUUGAGGAAAUGAAGAUUCAGAAGACGAAGAAGUGUGGAAUCUUGCCAUUUGUGACCAAGUUUGAGGUGACUAUGAACUCUUUCGUUUUUUCUUUUGUGAGCUGACAAUUUUUCAUAUAAUUUUCUUCAAUGUUUCUUGGAGGGAUCAGUCGUAGCCAACGGAUUAUAAAUGGAAGAACUGCUAAUAUGAGGAGGGAAAUUAUAUUACUACAGAUCCAUAUGAGGGAUCCCCUCCCCGCCUCCUUCCCUCUAGUGAUAAAGACUGACGGGUCUGUUUUCCUCACAGGAAUUUGCAAGCAUUUCAGAAAACGUGUUCAAGAACUCUGAUCGCCGCAAUGACCUUGACAAAGCUUAUCACAGUCUUAUUCGAGUUGUGUUCAUUAACGUGGAGCGAAUGGCUGAGGAACAUCAGAAGACACCACGAGCGGUGGUCAUGAUGGGUAAGCCGAGAGGAUAACAAAUUUAGGGACGGGAGGGUAGGGUCGGAGAGGGGAGGGGAGGGCAGGGUAAGGCUUUAUAGUGGGAUGGGCCUUGAGUGUUUUAGCUGGUGAUGGCAGGUAUUGAGACAUCUAUGUGCGAGUGACUGGGGAGUUCGCUGGGUUAAAAAGACACGAGCUUCAACUUUCUUGUAAGCACCUUCAGAAUUUCGCACGCAUUAUUCUGCGGCAAUUUACCAAGUUUAUCGCCAUUAGCUAUGCUAGGCUCCAUCCGUUUCUAAUUAACUUGAUACUUUCCAUAUUAAACAUUGGUUAAAUGAAAUAAGCUAUUCAGCCUUCAAAUAAGCCGGCAUUGGGUGUAAUCGUGUUUCAGCCUGCUUGUUUUCAGUAUCAUCUUGUCAUUUUUGGUCCAUCAAAUGCUGCGUUUUCCAGCGAAAACUAUCAUCGUUUGUUCACGGAACUUUUUAACUAUUUUGUUCCCGACUGAUACCUUAAUCACUUUUUUUUCUCCAGAAAACUAUCAUCGUUUGUUCAAAACUGUUAGAAAAAAUAUCUUUUGUAGUGGUAAAAACUGAAUUGCUGUCUCUCUCAAUCAGGGCUUUACUAUGACUUUUUUGAGACUUCACAGCACUUGUCAGUGAAAUAAAUCAAAACUGUUAGAAAAAAUAUAACUUAUAGUAAUACAAAACUGAAUUGCUGUGAGAGCAACUCACCCACGGCUUUAGCCUAAGGGAAUAUCUUGCCUCUGAGAGAUUAUUAUUCAAUGAUCGAUGGCAGGAACAUUGUGUGAUCAAAAACAGGGACCACACGAGGCAAAGAGGUUUUCGAUUUUUAAAGGGAUGGGUUUUUCAAUAGCCUUUUGUGGUUCGAAGUUUAGCCGCCGAUUAUGUAAUCAGCGGUUGUGCGCGCAAAAGGGGCCGUAAGCGUAACCCACUCAGGAGAGCCUUCUUGCAAGCUCAACAGACGGUGGUCAGAGGUCUUGCAGGCGGUGAUAGACAGUUGAUAAAGUCUAACUGACGUAAUAUUAGUCCCUCUUUUCACUCCUUUUAUUGCUCAGUUACCACUAGAAUUAGGACGAUUCUAAACAUGCAACUGACUGCCGCUAUCACUCUCACUACAGGGGUUCUUACGCGUCUCAAGAUAGUGUGCCUGGAAAACGAGAAAAGAGAGGCCAAAAGGAAAUACAACGACACCCUGAAAUUGUACGUGAAGGAGAUGCUUGGAAGACCCAUGGAAAAAAUUAACGUAAGAAACAAGAGUCUACUCUCAGAGGAUCCCGCCUUAUUUUGUAGGAUGGACUUUACAGAUGCAAAAUUGAAGGCGCUUUAUUUAUGGGUUAUCCUAUUGAUGUCUUCAGAAUCUUCAAAAACUUGCUUUUUUUUUAAGUCCGUCGUAUGCAUGAAUUUCUGCAUUCUUAACCUUCCUUUUAAUACUAUCGUUUUUGGCCUCACACACUUUCCAUGAUCUUCAAACUUACUCCGUAAAUGUCAGCUUAGAUAUUUUUCUAUGCGGCUGAUUUGUCUAUAUCAACUGCAUUGGGAGCUUUUCGAUCGAGUGUGAUAAAACCAACCAAAGGUAUCCUCAACCGCCAAUACAGCAUAGGAAAUAUUACAAGGAGCUAGGAGAACCUAAUUGCGAUCAAACAAACAGCCGUAAGUGCGGGAAGAGCAAUUGAUUAAGACAACUGGUCUUAAUGUUGCGUGGGAUUGGUUGAGUGGAUGCCGCGAGUUUUCCAGACCAAUCCUAUAGAGUUGAGGAUAAAAAAAAAACCAACAUUAUUUUGCAUUACUUUGGAUACUCAUUGAAAAUUGCUCUGCUUCAGCCGCCCAAGGGAUAUCGUUUACUACUUCAAAAACAACAGAAAAAAACUUUUAGUUCUUAUCAUUUUUUUAUUUGCAGAUCUUUUUCGAGGGUGUACAAGAAUGUAUUGCAGCCGGGGUGAAGGAAGACGAAGUCGGAUAUCAGUUGGCAUUCAGUAAACAAGAACUAAGAAAAAACAUCAAGGAGUACCCUGCCAAGGACAUAAAAAAAGGACUCGAACUGUUGUACAAGAAAGUCGAGAAACAUUUGUGCGAGGAAGAGAACUUACUUCAGGUAAAAUGAUAGGCCUUGUAUGUAUAUGGAGCUACCUUACUUAAGGCCCUUAAAAAUUUAUAUGGAGCGUAUGAAACAAGCUCCUUCGUGUGAACGAGUGCGUUUGAUUUCCUGUUCAGUCGAACAAUCCUACAAUGGCUUGUUUUAUGGUUUUUAAAUUUACCACUGUCGAUUUUUUUUUACCAAGACACACCUUUGUUACCGAAGUUAAGUCAGUUUUCUAUAUUUACUAGUAUCCACACCACUUUUCACUUCUGUGACUUUUCUCCCAAAAUUACACUUACACUGGCAUGUACAGGAAUAAGAAUAUUAAGAACACGUCGAAGCUGAUGCAUAAACAAAUUCUUUCUACAAACCUUCAAGGAUGAUGUCUUGCAAGCAUUACAGACAAGUAAUAUUCCAAUCAUGUCAUUUCAGGUUGUGUGGCACACCAUGCAAGAUGAAUUCAUCCAACAAUACAAGCAUUUUGAGGAUCUCAUCCAGCGCUGUUACCCUGAAUCUAUGAUCAAUCUGGAAGUUACCAUCAAUGAUAUCCUGUCGUUUUUCUCAAACAUUGCCCAGUCACACUGAACUUGGAAGGCUUAAUACAAAGAAAGAACACGACACAAGAUGUGUAGAUGGUUUCGUUGACCGCUAAAAUUCUACCUUUGACCAUCAGUUUGUUGCCCCAUAUCAGACCAUGUGAUGCUUUCUACAUCAACAUAGUUGGUCAUUUUUAUGUUGAAAUGUUAAUUCUUUGUUUAUUUUAACGGGAUUGCCAAUCAUUCAUGGAAGGUUUUUCUUGUUACGGGUUUUAUGCUUCAGAGUUAAUAUACAUGUCCAAUGGCCCGGAAUGUGACGCAUUCUUAUGCAUCACAUAUUGCAGUUAUAAAUGUAGCUAAGAGCUUGAGACUUCAGCGCACUAUUUGUUACUGCCCUGAUUGAGGGUAAACACUAACGGGUUAUUCUGUGGAGUAGAAUCAUAUUGUUUGAAAUAGGGCGGCAACCAACGAAGCUUCAUUACUGUAUGUCGAUAGGCAAUGAAAUUGCUAAACUACUUUUCUAGUCACAAACAAGAGCUAUUCAGAUCCUCUGCGUAGCUCUUGUUUCUUACAUUAAUUUUUUUUAGCUUGCUGUUAAAAAUAUGAUAGACAAGAGAUGGUUUGACUUGCCAAACAUAAAAUGCUCGCAUCAAUCACUAGUACGCAAUCCCUCUUGCAAAAAGAAAGAGAAAUUAAAUGUUAAUUCAUGAAUUGUACAAAGUUAAAUAUAUGACAGAAUGACAACGAUGUGAAUCGCGAAAGUAUUAAUCAAAAGAGCCAUUUGUGCAAACAUAUGAACACUCGAUUAUGAAUCAAAUUCAGUGUUUUUUUUUUGUGUGUGUUCGUUUUUCUAUAGUUAUUUUUAUAAAGGCAUUUCAAGUAU